AUGAAUUAUGCCAAAUUAUUGCCAAAAUUCAACAAACUAAUAAUGUAUCCUAGCUCAAAAAUUGAAUUCGGUACUUGUGUAACAAUACUAGAAAAGAUAUUUGCUCGAGCUAAUGUUGGUACAUUAAAUGUUAAUUUAAUUGCGAAAUCUUCAUCAAAAUUAUUACAAGUAUAUGAUUAUCCAUUGUUAGUAGCAUUACCCUAUGAUCGUUUAAUAAUGUGUCAAUUUAGUAAAAUUCAGUGUUCAGAUGGUCAAUGGGCUCAAGGUGUAAUGGUUAAUGGUAAACAUUAUUCAUUGAAUGAAAAUGCAUAUAAACAUAUGUCACAAUUAAAAAUUGAUCGAGAUUCUAUUAUUCAAUUAAGAUUCAAUGUUUAA